AUGUUCGAUCACGUUAUAUCCGAAAUAACUAUUGAGAAAGCAUUCCAUAAAAACUUUUGGAAAGCCGUCGACAUUUAUCUGUUCAAAACACAUUUGAUCAACAAGAAACUCUUUGGUGUCAACAACAUAUCUAUUCUAUCGUUUAAACAUGGAAAAUCCGCUUCAACCAACGAGGAACAAGAUCCCUUUUUGCAGGAUAAAUUAAAUGAAACAACCGCAGAGCGCUUCGAAACUGAAGUUCGACAGCAUCUAAUAGAUCAUGGAUACGUGGUACAAGUAGAAAACAUGAAUAACACCUCCAUAGAUCGGUUAUCGCAAUCCGAAUGGUAUGGUGUGAUCGUGCUAAAUCGCCUUCUUCCGAAAAACAUCCACGUGUUCCAUCCUAUCGAUAUCGUUUGCAGUAUCCGUUUCAGCUCUUGUUCCGUUCAUCUGCAAUGUCUGCAAAGGGAGAAAGUUAACAGUUUGUUUCCGAAAUUUCCCUUCGCGUUGCAUGUAUCAAGAAAUAGUCUAGCCAUUCGAUGCAAUUCCACCGAUUCCACCGAUGAGCGAUCGAUAUACUGGUUACGCGAAGUUCUAAUGGAGCGGAUGCAUAAAUGGAUGGUAUCAAGCAGUCCAGCACACUCAGCCGACGGUAGUAAAGCCCCGAUACGAUCCUUGGCGCUUGUGGAGAAUUUGGAGGAAUACAACUGCCUGUUUCACAAACUGAAGCAAAAAUACGGCAAGGCAAUGGUGUCCAUUUGGCCAGAAUGCACCGAUCCUCAAAAGUUCGUGUUUGAGGAUAUAGCGAUAGCCACUUACCUGAUAACGCUGUGGAAAAAAGAACGCCUUACUACAGGUGUGGAUAAAUUACAAUCUUUUGUUGAUAUUGGUUGCGGGAAUGGAUUGUUGGUGUAUAUUCUGGCAUCCGAGGGGCACCAAGGAUAUGGCAUCGACCUGAGGAAAAGAAAACUUUGGGAUCUUUAUCCAGUCGAGUUGACGAUUGAUUUACGCGUGCAAACAAUUGUACCUUCCAACGCAUCGCUAUUCCCCGACAUAGAUUGGAUAAUCGGCAAUCAUUCAGACGAACUUUCCCCCUGGAUUCCUGUCAUAGCUGCGAGAAGCUCGUAUAGCUGUCGAUUUUUCCUGCUUCCAUGUUGUGCGUAUGAGUUCGAUGGCAGUAAAUAUCAGCGGCAAAAUUGUUUGCUUAGCCAGUAUGGUGAUUUUUUGAAUUAUGCAAACGAAAUAGCCCGUGUGUGUGGAUUUUGCGUGAAAAUGGAUCGGUUAAGAAUUCCUAGCACCAAAAGAACCUGCAUUAUUGGUGACGAGAGGACCUAUUCUGAAGCUGAAUUUGACAUUCAGGACACUACGAUUAAAUCCUUCAUCAGUGAUCGAACAAAGUUAGUAUCAAGCGUUGAAUUAAAGCAGAGAGAGAACACCACCACCGACUCUACGACCGCCAGCUGGUCCACCAACUUUAAGCCUAGGGAAAGCGUAGAAAGAGUAAGAAAUUGUACCAAAAUCGAUCGUACUGUGGUGGACAAGAUUGUGAUGGUUGUGUUCAAGGAGCUUCUUGCAAAGCGACGAGUUCUACCCGAGCACUCGGAGCGCAAUUGGAACGCUGGCGGAACGAUUACGAUGGAGGCGUUGGUAAAGCUGAUACCUCAGGAGUAUUUGCUUUUGCUGAAGGCAGAGUGCGGUGGAUUGCAAACUUUACUAAGAAACAACCAUCAAAUCUUUCGCGUUGAAAAUGGAGCCGUGCAGUUGCGAAUUCCGUCGAAGAUGUCUGAAGCAAUGGAUGCUGCAUUAAAACGAAAAUUACAAAAAAAUAAGAAUUUUAAACCGAUUAACUUUAAACAACGUGAAUGUUGGUUUUUCGUUAAUCAUCCUGACGGCUGUCCACUGAUGGAAAACGAAUGUAGGUUUAGUCAUUCAGACAGAACGACAUAGAAGAGAAUAAAUUGUAUGCACCAAUUAUAA